UGAAAAUCUGAACGCUAAACAAUUGGCUUGUUCCAGGAGAUCACAGCCAGUCAUGUCCAAUGCUUUAGAAUUGGAAGAGACGCCCUCCCAUUUUUUCAAGGUCAUCCUCUCCUCUACCCUGGAAGAUAAGAAGCUGAUGAUUCCAGGAAAGUUUGCCAGGAAAUUUUGGAGUGAACUUUCUGGUGUUGCUAAACUGAGAGUUUCCAGUGGCCUUGUUUGGCAAGUGGGGUUGACAAAAUAUGCGAGAAAAAUUUGGUUCAAGGAUGGUUGGCACAACUUUGCAGAAACCAAUUCAAUCAAAAUUGGGUAUUUUGUGGUCUUUAAAUAUGUGAAAAAUUCAACAUUCGAUGUUCUUAUAUUUGAUACAACUGCUUGCGAGAUUCAGUAUCCAAAUAACCGUGGAGAACCAGGAAAUAAAAAGCAGAAAAUGAGCCAUAAAGCAAGGCCGUCUGAAGCUUCAGUUUGGAGCUCUAAGUUUAAGCAAGGCCAUGAGCCACCACCAAGAAAGAAGAGUAAAAUGGAAGAGGAGGUGAUGCAGAGAAAUGAGUCAAUGCAUGACGGGAAUGAACACGACUUUAUGAAUUUACUUGAACACAUGGGAAUCUUUUUGACUGAAAAAUGUAGAGCUUAUGUUUCAGCCGAAGAAAGAAAGAGAGCAAUCAACAUUGCCAGAUUGCUUAAGCCAAAAAAUCCUGCAUUCAUGACUAUCUUGCAGUCAAGUUACCUUUAUACACAAAGGCUGUAUGUGCCAAGCAAAUUUGCUAACAAGUAUUUGACUAGAGAUGUCAAUUUUGUCAAACUACAACUUCCGAAUGGAUCAGAGUGCAUGAUAAAAAUCUGUUGGAGACUUUUUGGGGGUUUCAAUUUAACAAGAGGGUGGGCAGAAAUUGCAAAGACCCUGAAUUUGGAGAAAGGAGAUAUCUGUAUCUUUGAGCUAAUCAAGAAGGACGACUUUCUACUAAAUGUUUCAGUAUUUUAUGCAACUAAAGAGUAAAAACAAGUGAUUAGGUGGCAUGCUGAAUUGCAAAUUAUUAUGGAUUAUAAAUUUUUAUUUUUUGGGUUUUUGUUACGGAUUAUAAUAUGUUUAAACCAACCCUUGGGUGGUUAGACAGUCAAUUGAGACUCUUGGGUAUAUUACUCAAGAGGUUUUGAGUUCGAUUCUCCUCGGUUGCUAGUA